AUGCGUCCCGUUAUUGAAACACCGAGGAUUUUGUUUCUCACCACCCAACAACCUCACACCAUCAGGGCGGAAUGGCCGUAUUAUCAGAAUUAUGAUUUACCCCUCCUUCUCAAAGACAAAGGCGCUCUAGUCGCCGUCAAGUCCUGGAUGGACGAGGACAUCCUGACGGCACUCAACCAAUAUGACACCGUCACUUUCCUCUGGUGCAACGAAUAUUACAAGCACCCAAAGGCCUUCUUUGCCUUCUUGGACAAAGUCGACAAGCUGGUCAAAACUUCUCCAUACACUCCUCAUGUUGCUCCUCCACGGAUAAUCAACGACACCAAGUUGGAGGGUUUCGUAAUUCCCAAGACGCGAUUGGUUGAUCCCCAGAGAUACACUGUGGCCGAAUUGCAACAACUGGUUCAAAACUUCCAUCCAUCAGGUUCCGUAGUCCUGAAGCCAUCCAUGUCAGCUUCAUCAACACUGACCCGGCGGAUCGCUGACACAUCGGCCCUCUCUGCGGAUGAUAUGACCUUCCUGGGGCUCUGCACGGGUGGGGGACUUCAGAGCUCAUUACUCAUUCAAGAAUUCGAGUCUGCGAUUUCAACGGGAGAAUAUUCCUUUGUGUUUGUGGGUCCCCACCUUACCCAUGUCAUGGUCAAAUCUCCUCAACGAGGGGACUUCCGGGUUCAGGACGAGUACGGUGGGUCCGCCAAAUUGACGGAUCUUCUUGGAAUAAAGCUGGAGACUAUUCAGGUCGUCCAGGCUGUGUUCGAGUCGCUGCAACGGCGCUUCACGUCCAAAGACGCGGAAGAGAUAGGCUGCGGGGAAAUCGGCUAUGUGCGGAUUGACGGCCUCAUCACGGAUGAUCGACCAUUUGUCCUGAUGGAGAUCGAAGCCAUCGAACCACAUCUGUGGCUUGAGACGGGAAAAGGAGUCUCCCGGAUGCUAUCUCUCCUCAUGGAUUGA